CACGUCGAGGUCGCAGUCGACUGUAGGCGGCUGGUGACUAGGGAGACUCACAGUUUGAAUAUGUCUUCAGGCUUGACUCUGACCAAAUGUCACUGUUUCCCACCUCACUUUUGAGUUCUUCCACAUGUAAAGGAUGUCAAUUUACCUCGAAAGUUUAUGGUGAUAGCGUCGAAUAUCAGUAGCCGCUGAUUGCAGUGCUCCAUGAGGAUCUGACGAGAUGACCUCGGAAGACGAAGACCCUCUCGAUUGGACGAUCGAUGAGGUCGUAGAGUUUCUUUGCCAUAACCCACUCACGCCAUGGUCGCAGUCAGCCGCCCAAGCUCCUCGGCCAGAUCCUGUUACGUUCGAAACAGCCAUCCGGGCCAAUCUCCUAACAGGCGAGGUGCUGUUGCACGAUGUCGAUAAAGAAACAUUGCGAGAGGACUUGGGGUUGAAAGCCCUUGGCCAUCGUAGCUCGAUGUUAAUGGCAAUUCGGUAUCUUCGACAAAAUUCGCCAAAGUACCAGAUGUCCCUGGGCAAAGCGGGGCUCAAUGACAACCUUAGCAGUAUCUAUGCCUCGAGUUAUUUUGCCCCCACAACUCCAGGGCAGGGACCUGCUCCAGAACUUUCAUCGCCGGUCUAUCCCAGGCCUGUGUCUGAAGCCGCAACACCUCAAAAUUUGCUAAACUCUAGGCUGAUUACUCCCUCCGUAUCCGGGGUACAUAAUUCCAAGAGACCUAUUCGUGCCGAUCCUCCCUCUUUCAACCCUGUCCAGAAAGAGAAAGACAAUGUCUCUUCUCAGGUACCGAAUACCAUGGAAACAUCUGCUGCCUAUGACAAUAUUGAGCGACACCAAAGUGUACCGCCUGGGUCUCCUAGAAUACGUUCAGAGUCUCACGCAGAAUUCUCCGAGAUUUCUGGGCGCGUUCGCUCCCUAGAGCAUCAUAUCAUUGAUCAAUCUGGCAGAAAGCGGAGAAAACUCGAUCUUCGCUCUGUCGCCGAGGCUUCGGGUGAAAAAUCGAUCCUUGCACUUACCACCAGCGCAUCACAGGCAAAACAUUGGUACAUGGGGCCAGAGAGGAUUGCUCCGUCUCAAUUAUUCUACGGCCCUAAUUCGGAGGAAGAUGACCACUCGUUUGUAAUGCUUGGUUCUGAAUUUCCAUCCGCUCAACGCGCUUAUGUGAAGAGCUGCAUGCAGUACUUUUACCAGCAGAAACCCAUAAAGCUGCGUGAUGGCCACGGUGAUAAGUGGGCUGUCAUACCUUACAAAGCUUCAGAGGUGAACCCAAGCAAGUCAAGGCUUUUCUCCUUGUAUACGCUAAGAAACGGUAAAGUCACCGUAAGCAAAGAGAACUUAGAGAACUGGCCGCAGCUCCAUCAGUCUCAGGCUGCUUACACGGCUACCUCGUCGAGAACCUCAAAAGCCUCUGAUCCCUUUGCGUAUCUCAUCGAAAAGUACCCUGUCCUAGAAGAUAACGAAAACACUUAUCCUCUCUAUGGUGACUCUGGUUCCGAAGGGGAGUACGAUGAGGAUACUUGGCAAGAAAUCGACGAUGAACAGCAGGAUCCCGCGCAGAACAAACCAAUAAACUUGACCUCUGGGGAAAUCGAUUCUGUCAUCGCGCAAUGCGUCACUGAUUACAAAAAUAAAUGGCACCAAGAUAAAAAGCCCAAGGAGGAGCAAAAAGCGCGGCUGCUCUGGUUGAGAGCUAGAAGAGGAAAGCUUACCAACCAGCAAAUAAAGGGAUCCUUGCGCGAAGCCAGUCGCUUAGAGGAGCGACUGAAAAAGAUCAAGAAAGCUAUUCUUGAGAGCGAAGUUUUAACAAGGGCAGGGUUACAAGCUCUAUGCGUAGGCAUGGAGCAGACCGUGCACGACAUCGAGAAGCAAAAGUGGCGCGUAAAAAUUCUGGAACAGCCGGUUUGCCCACCAAAAGUUGCCGCUGGCCCCAAGCCUAAGCCCAUAUCAAAGCCUCGGAAUGGAGACGAAGAGUCACUUCAUUCAGAAUCUGAUUAUGAGUCUGAAGAUCCUUUGGCUGACUUCAUUGACAACUCUGAUGACAUGACCGGGCCAGCUUCGCCUGAACAGCACAUCGCAACUCAAUCAGAAACACCAUCAUCAACUGAUAGCGACGAGGAUGCUGUCAUUAGCCCCUCUGGGUUGCGACGAAAAUCCAGGGCCCAGAAACGUGCUCCGCUUAGAACCGACUCCCCCUCUCCCAGGGUUUCUGUGAACGAGAAGGAGCCGGAAUAUGUCGAUCUAACAAUAGACUCUGCGGAUGAGUUCAGAAUUGAAACGCCUCCUCUCAAUCCCGUGCAGUCAAGGGUGUCACAGUCCGUUGACACUCCUUACAAAUCCGAACGAGACUCCAUAUCCCCUGGACCUAAUCUCACUCCCGAUGAUUCUGUGGAAACUAGAAACCAGAAUAACCAGACCCCUAAAGAUACAAAGGGCUCAAAACUGAAAUAUAAACCAAAGCAAAGGAAUCUGCCGGAAUUCAAAGAUUUCGACAAAAUAUCGUCAAUCAGCUGGGAGGAGCUUGAAGAGCGCAUGGAUCGUCGUAGGCUUUUGGCAAAGUUGAUCUACAGUCUCUCAGAUGAAGAACGAAAGGCCAUGGCUAAGGAAGUCCCUGCCUAUGAUGUCUCUGAAUUGAAGGGACUUGUAGAGGCGGCCCUCAGAGCGUUGUUCGAGGGCAAACAAGAAAUUGACGGCGUCAGUCAAGAUGAAAAUGAUAUCAUCAUGAGAACAGCGACCUUUUAUAUCUCAUGGAUAAACUGUGCAUAUAAUGGCGGAGAAGGGAUAAGGAGAUUCAUGGUUAUUAAAGCCGAGAAUGAUCUCGCCAAUUUUCCAAGAUUUUUUGAUGAGAUUCGCGCGCAUCUUACGGCAUAUCGCAGCUGGGACCGAGAAAGGCGUGCUGCAGCUGCAGCUGAGAACCCAGAUAACUCAAACGCAGAAGACACAGAUUUGGCGCCUGAUGAUACCCCCCAUAAAAAGCGAAAAAAGGAGGUCCAAGAGAGCCAGGAUGCUAAGAGGAUUCAGCAAAGUGCACAAGCACGAGUUGCACUUCAAAAUACACAGAGAAAGAAUUUGGAGAAGAAAAUGGAAAGCAUGGGAUUUGAUAAUGACGACCCUGAUCUCCAAGCUGUCAGCUUUGAAGAGCCAGUCAUUUACUUGGAUCGCCAUAUUGGCAGACGAGUCAAACCCCAUCAGCUGAAUGGAAUUCAGUUCAUGUGGCGAGAAUUGAUUCAAGACGAGAAACGGCAAGGAUGUUUGCUCGCUCAUACCAUGGGUCUUGGAAAGACGAUGCAAGUCAUCUCGUUGCUCGGCACGAUAUCAGCUGCAGCGAACUCAGACGAUCACUUGAUUCGGAAACAAGUGCCCAAACGCUUAAGGCGAUCACAGACCCUGGUCCUCUGUCCAUCUUCAUUGAUCGAGAACUGGUAUGAAGAGUUUCUAAUGUGGACUCCAGAAUCAAAUAACAUUGGACCAUUGAGAAAGAUUACAGGGCUUCACAAACUCCAUGAAAGAUUGAAGGAGGCGUCGAAUUGGAACGAAGAAGGCGGUAUUCUUAUCAUGAGCUAUGAUAUCUUUCGAGCAUUGAUUCUGAACAAGGCGACUAAAACCAGAGGAAAAGCCCUAGACGAGGAUGAUCACAAACGCGUGAAGGAAUGGCUUCUGGAUGGACCAAACAUUGUCGUCGCCGACGAGGCUCACAAGAUGAAGAACCUGCGCACAGGAAUAUCUCAGGCUGCUUCCCAGUUUCGAACUAAAAGCAGGAUUGCGUUGACCGGCUCGCCCUUGGCAAAUAAUCUAGAGGACUAUUUUACUAUGGUCAACUGGAUUGCUGAGGAUUAUCUCGGGGACUUUGUUCAAUUCAAAGCGAACUAUGUUGAGCCAAUCGAAGAAGGGCUGUACGCGGACAGUAGCCAUUCAGAGAGGAGAAGGUCUCUUAUCAAGCUCCAAGUUCUUAAAGAGAUACUAGAACCCAAGAUCAACCGUGCCGAUAUUUCUGUCCUUACUGGAAGCCUUCCGCCAAAGGUUGAAUUUGUCAUCACGGUCCCUUUAACCGAGUUGCAGGAACGAGCAUAUAAUUCCUAUGUUGAAACCGUGUUGUUCCAGGGCAAGAGUGACAUUGGCAAUGCGAGAUUAUGGUCUUGGCUCGCCAUCCUUGCGCUAUGCUGUAACCAUCCGGCAUCUUUCAAAGAUAAGCUAUUGAGUCGAGCGACUGAGGCUGCACGAACGGGAAGGAAAUCUAAUGAACCCGAUGACAUGCCCGGGGAUGAAUCAAUCGCCCAAGCAGGCCUUCCGGACUCAGACAAAUUAGUCUAUCAGCAGCAGCAGAUUUUUGACACUGUCUCGGACAUCCAAGCGAUUGAUUUAUCAUACCGUUCCGAAAUUCUGGACAAGAUUGUUGAGGAAUCUGUCAAGGCAGGUGACAAAGUCCUCAUAUUCUCUCAUAGCUUGCCAACGCUCAAUUACGUCGAGAGCAUGUUGAAGAGAUCCAAGCGCAAGUAUUGUCGUUUGGACGGAACCACGCCAAUCUUUACUCGACAAUCCGCAACAAAGAACUUCAACUCUGGCUCAGUGGAUCAAGUGUAUUUGAUUUCCACACGGGCCGGGGGGCUUGGCCUGAACAUCCCAGGUGCAAACCGUGUUGUCAUCUUCGACUUUGGUUUCAACCCAGUUUGGGAAGAGCAGGCGGUUGGUCGUGCGUAUCGCUUAGGUCAACAGAAACCAGUCUUUGUUUAUCGGUUCAUCGCCGGUGGCACAUUCGAAGAAGUGAUGUAUAAUAAGGCGGUUUUCAAGACGCAGCUUGCCUUCCGUGUGGUGGACAAGAAGAAUCCCGUCCGCUGGGCUUCGAGAAACGCUGGAAUGUAUCUCUUCCCAGUAAAGUCUAUCAAACAGGAAGAUGUUUUCGAAUACCUUGGAAAGGAUCCUCAUGUUUUGGAUAAGAUCAUCGCAAACGAUCUAGCUGGCAAAAAGAUCAUUCGAAAAAUCGGUCUCACCGAAACCUUCCAAAAGGAAGACAACGACAAGUUGACCGAUGAAGAGAAAAGGGGCGUUCAAGUCGAAUUAGAUGACGAGCGUCUGAAGCGCACCGAUCCUGAGGCUUAUCAAAAGCGGGUUAUGGAAAGACUGGCUGCGGCGAAUCCAGGUCAGGUGCCUGCAGCAUCACAAUUUGGACAUAACCGCCCGGCGCCUCCUUUCCCAUAUCACCCUCAUCAGGCGUAUAUGAUGGGCCGGCCGUCUGCGGCCAAUGCACCUCCAUUGGGACCUCCAGGGCCUAAUUCCAACGUCUUUUCAUCUCGAAAUCAAACACCCCAUGCUGCUGUGAGCAAUGAUCAGAAUUCUCGCCAUGCGCAAAGCGAGCCACGCCAGCAAGCCCCUCAAAAGCCUUUGCCCCGGAAUCCUUCGUUACAAACAGAUGGGCCAGCGCAGGAAAACAGUCCCAUUGACAAUGCUCAGCAAAAAGACAAAAACACCGAUAAAGAGCGUCGCUCGGAAUCUAGGCAGAGAGGCGAUGUCGAGAAAACAUCUUGCAAACCCCAGUGAGCCAUACUCCAUUUGAUGAUUGGUGAUUACUAUUCAACUUGUCUAUCUUCUCAUUGAAGUUUCCCCUGUCCAUAAUCGCUCUUCGCUUCGAUGUCCUUUUUUAACUUUAUUUUUCUUUCUGUGUACAAUUUUUUUUCCACCUGCUCAUCUCGCUGGUCGGUGUUAGAGUAUUCCACUUCAACUUGACCAUUUUCUUUCUUUCUUUCUUGUUCAUUUUCAAUUCGACUCCAAAUAUUACGGCAUCCACUUUUUGAUGAAUUGACGGUAAUUACAAUGGCAUUGGGAGGCGCAGAUUACAUCACCAUGAGCAUGUCUUUUUCUUACAACCGGUAUCCAC